UUAAGCUCUGACGGUAGUAAAUUCCAGAAAGAAGUUGUUCAUAGGCACAAGGUUGUUCAAACCAAUGGAACAUUCACAAAGCAAUCAGUUUCUUCACCAAAAGAACCUCAUAAAAGACCGUCAAGACCCGAAGCCGGGCUCAUUUCUCGAUUGGGUGACCUUCAAUUGUCGAAUGAACCAACCAUUCGUAAAACCAGUGGGGAUACAAUUUUCGGCAGAGCCUCUAAAUGGUUGGAAGCCACAAACAACGCCUUUGACAAGAAAUUCCGUCCAAUUUCCACUUCAAAUGCCGUUACCUCCACAUCUUUUCAUCGUGCUCGUAAUGCAUUCAUUAAUAAGAACACAAUAGCUGAACGAAAGAUAGUUUUUACUAGGGUUCGGGGAGAUAAUGAUCAAGGUUUACCCGGUUUCAAGUGGCGAGUUCUGCCUUCAACGGGGGCAGCUUGUGAACAAGACACUAGCAACGCUGUUUAG